UUUUAACACGGGAACUAUUAACACGCGUCACUGUUUCUACUGGGAAGCUCUAUCGGGACGGACCAAGAGAGCUGUUACAGAUGCAAUCGCGGCUACUUUUAGCGUGAGCUGCAGCAGCGCGCGCGAGCGAGCGAGAGAGAGAGCGAGAGAGAGAGAGAGAGAAGAAGGGCCGGAGACGUGCUGUCGAUGCUCGCGCUCAGGGAGACGAUGGAGCGCGCCGAGGGAUACGCGUUUACGGCGCUCUGCAGCACCAACUUUCUGGUGGCCUGUCUGCUGUUCGCCACGGUGAGCCGCGAACAAAGGGAGCCCUACAUGGACGAGAUCUUCCACGUACCGCAAGCGCAGAAAUACUGCGAGGGCAGUUUCCAUGAGUGGGACCCCAUGAUCACGACGCUGCCCGGCCUCUACCUGCUCUCCGUGGGGCUGAUCAAGCCGCUCGUGUUGGCCGUGGGCUGGACGGGCAGGGCGGUGUGCUCUACGGCCAUGCUGCGCUUCGUCAACCUGCUCUUCAACUGCGGCAACCUGUACGUGCUGUCGCUCAUCGUGGGCAGACUGCACCCCAAAGACAAGACGCGCAGCGCUUCCCGUCGUGUGCUGUCGGCCCUCGCCCUGUCUACUUUCCCAGUGCUGUACUUCUUCACGUUCCUGUACUACACGGAUGCUGGCUCCACCUUCUUCAGCCUCUUUGCGUACCUCAUGUCCUUGUACGGCAGCCACAAAAUCGCAGCUCUCCUCGGUGCCUGUGCCAUCUUGUUCCGCCAGACCAACAUCAUCUGGGUGGCAUUCUGUGCUGGUUCUGUGGUGGCCUCCAAGAUGGAUGAGGCCUGGAGGACCGAGCGCUCCAAGAAAAAGGAUGAAAAAUCACUCUCCCAAGUGUCACUGUCUGUUAGCGGUGCAGGAAAAGUGCUCCGCUUCUCUGUGGACUAUCUGAUGACCCCCUGCAACACAAAGGCCGUGCUUCUCGUGAUAUGGCCAUAUGUUGCCGUGGCAGUCGGUUUCCUGGGGUUUGUAGUUGUCAAUGGUGGCAUUGUGGUUGGUGACCGGACCAGCCAUGAGGCCUGCCUCAAUUUCCCCCAGCUGUUUUAUUUCUUAGCAUUUACUCUGAUAUUCUCCGCUCCGGUUUCUGUGUCCUAUGGACGAAUCGUGAGCUUUUUGCAUUCUGUGAGAAAGAAACCAUUCAGGUACCUCUUCGUCACUUUCACCUGUUUACUCUUGGUGUGGAAGUUUACCUUCGUUCACAAGUACCUGCUGGCGGACAACAGGCACUACCCUUUCUAUGUGUGGAAGAAGAUCUUCCAGAGGCACGAGUUGGUUCCCUAUCUGCUUGUUCCAGGGUACGUCUUUGCCGCUUGGAACUUUGCAGAAACUCUAAAGUGGAAGUCUCUCUUCUGGAACCUGGCCUUCUUGGUGUGUCUCACUGCAGCCACAGUACCCCAGAAGCUGAUAGAGUUCAGAUAUUUCAUCAUGCCGUACCUAAUGUACCGCCUCCAUGUUCCGCUGCCCUCUGUCUUCAGGCUGCUUCUUGAGCUGGGUUUCUACACUGCUGUAAAUGCAGCUACACUCUACAUCUUCAUCAACAGGACAUUUCAAUGGCCAAACAGUUCAGAUGUGCAAAGAUUUAUGUGGUGAUUAGUGAACUUGCUGACUGAAAAGUUACAUUUCCAAUGUUUUCAAAAAAUUCAGACUAGCAAGAGAAUGUUGAUGGAAAACAGACUUUUAAAAUGCUUUGUACAUGUUUAAGCCAAAAUUAAGCCAUAUGAUGAUCAUUUCAGCAUGUUUUAAUUGCAAGUGUAUUUAUAUGCUGAAACAAAAUAAAAAGAUUAUAAUUUGUACACUUUAGUUUGGAAAAGCAAGGAAUAGCUUGUGGUUCAUAGAUGUUUGUAUUAAUGCAAUACUACAGGGUCUUCAAGUCAAGCACAAAUGUAUAAGCAGUUAAGUGAAUUUUCAUAAAAAGGUAAGUUGUGACAAUUGGGGUUUCUAUAAAUUGCUCAGUAUUUAUACAAGGCUAGCAUUUGAACAAGUUGAAUGUUUACAUCACUUUGUUAAUGGUCUACUGUAUGUUAUAAAUACUAGAUGUGACACUUAUUUACCUGCUGUCUUUUUUUUCCCCACUGUAUAAUUUUGCUAUAUGGCACUCUGAGGUAAGUGUAUUAUGAUGUUCAACUAGAUUUGACAGCGCAGUUUAAAAAGGAAAACUAUCAAUCAUAGCGAUGAGUACAUUAUAUUAAUCUACUCAGUAAGGGAUAAAGUUUGACUUUUACCUAGUUUCAGAAGUUACUUGUGCUCCUCUUAGGACUGGUCGUGUAUUGUAAAAAUUAGGUUAUUGUUUAAUGACUGUUUGAGUUACUAUUCUUUAGUAGAGUGUGCAUUUUGUUGAACUCUACUGCAAUGUUAGAUACUACAAAAUGUAUUC